CCUCUACCCGAGCCUUUUUCUUUUAUCUCCCUGUCCAGCAUGACACGUCGUGCAGGUGGAUGCUGAGCGCGUCUGUAUUGUGUAUUGGGGGUUGGUUGGGGGGGGGGGACAAUGAGCGCGGUUCUGUGGUUUAAUGCCUUCCGCUUCGUUCUCUUUAUGCGGCCGAUGAAUACAAGAUGCCAGCGGGAGACCUGAGCGAGAAAUCUCGGGAAACCCGUCUGUGACUCGCGUGUCAUUGGAGUAGAUCAGCGGAGGUUAAGCGCCUGGCACCGACUGCACACCGAGCGUGCACGCAUUGUCACACGCACUGAUUAUGCAUUGAUUGUGUAGCGAUUUCGCACGCCGUGCAUAUGCAUGCCUUCGUGGGACUGGCUCUGCCUUCUGGCCGGAGUGGGAUCGGAGCAGAUCGACUGUCCGGCUAACCUGCUAAUGACGUUAGCUGUGCGGCUAACCACCUGCGUGCGGGCACCGCUGGCGGAGCGACUGCGGAUCUGCGCUCAGGUCCCGGCGGUAGCGUUACCGGGACUCGGUGCACUGAGUGUGUUUGCCUGGGCGUGUGCUGUUGUAACCUCAGGACUGGCUGGCUGGCUGAUCAUUGACGACCAUCAGCAAACCGCUCUCAGGCGUCGGCCGGCAGCAGAUGGGUACCCCGUUCUGUGGCCGGCGUGACUUCGUAAAACCACGCCAGACUGACAGGCUGCUCUGCUGGCCCCGCCAGUGACAGUGGGAGGAGUAUGGUGAGCAGCCAGCCCAGGUACGAGCUCAUUCAGGAGGUGGGGCGCGGCAGCUACGGCGUGGUGUAUGAGGCGGCCGUGCGCCGCACUGGCGCCCGCGUCGCCGUCAAGAAGAUCCGCUGCCACGCCCCCGAGAACGUGGAGCUGGCUCUUCGCGAGUUCUGGGCCCUCAGCAGCAUCCAGAGCCAGCAUCCCAACGUGAUCCACCUGGAGGACUGCGUGCUGCAGCGGGACGGUCUGGCGCAGAGGAUGCAGCACGGGUGCGGCUCCUCACUCUACCUGGAGCUGGUGGAGACUUCCUUGAAGGGUGAGAUCGCCUUUGAUCGGCGCUGCGCCUACUACCUGUGGUUUGUCAUGGACUUCUGUGACGGCGGCGACAUGAACGCCUACCUUCUGUCGCGCAAGCCCAGCCGCAAGACCAACACCAGCUUCAUGUUGCAGCUGGGCAGUGCACUGGCUUUCCUGCACAAGAAUCAGAUCAUCCACCGCGACCUCAAGCCUGACAACAUCCUCAUCGCUCAGGGCUGUAGCCCCGCCGGCUCGCCUGAGCCCACCCUCAAAGUGGCCGACUUUGGCCUGAGCAAGGUGUGCUCUGCCUCAGGCCUCAGCCCCGGCGAGCCAGUCAGCGUCAAUAAGUGCUUCCUGUCCAUGGCAUGUGGCACGGACUUCUACAUGGCGCCGGAGGUGUGGGAGGGUCAUUACACAGCCAAGGCGGACAUCUUCGCCCUGGGCGUGAUCAUCUGGGCCAUGCUGGAGCGCAUCACCUUUGUGGACGCCGAGACGCAGAAGGAGCUGCUGGGCAGUUAUGUCCAGCAGGGCUCGGAGAUAGUGCCUCUGGGGGAGGCGCUGCUGGAGAACCCGCGCAUGGAGCUACCCAUCCCGGCCAGGAAGAAGACCAUGAAUCCCAGCAUGAGGCAGCUGCUCAGGGAGAUGCUGUCGGCCAACCCGCAGGAGAGGCCUGACGCCUUCGAGCUGGAGCUCAGGCUGGUGAAGAUCGCCUGCAGGGAAUGGGACUGGGGCACGUGAUGAUGGAACCCAUAGUUCACCAUUCCCAUCCCCUUGCACUAACACGCUCACACACAUGGCUUUCUGCUCGGCCCUCUUCGGUGCUCAGCACGUAAACCUCAAGCUAAUCACUGAACCCCAGCUUUGCUUUUCCUCCUCCAGCCCCUGAGUUGAAGGUGUUUCUGAAUCCCUUCCAGGGUCUCUGCUCUGGAGGCCCCUGAUCUCCCGCUUGUACAGAAACCUCCAAGUUCACUACACAGCGGCCCAUGCUCGCAUACUGGCCCUCGUGAAUGGUGCUCUAUAUGUGUCUGUAUGUGUCGAGAGGAUGCCGUUGACCUGCUUGGAGCUCCCGUCCCACUACUGGUACUCUGGGUCCAGCUUAGUGGCAUGGGAGUCUGGGAUGGAGGGGGAUUCAUGAAAUACAUGUAAUGUAGCAAAAAAUCUCUCUCUUUAGACCAACACUGCACCUACAGUUUGUCAGGGAGCCUUUCCACAGAGGCACAUGUCAACAAACACCAUGGUAAAUUACUGUCCUUAUCCAAUGAAAAUAUUAUUCACCAGCAUAUUGGAAGAGGUUUAACAGUGCUGUACAGACUAUCAUAAAACCUCCUUAUUUUCCAUUUUUGUGUUUAACAAAAUAGGCUAAUAGGUUUCAGCUGGUCACCUUUACCUAUUGUCAAACCCCACAAAAUAAGAAUUCCAGAUUCUUCCAAACUCUGUGGGCUGAUUCCUGCUGCCACAGAGGCACCUAUGAUGUUGAUUGCAGCUUGUGGUGUAUUGUCUGUUAAUAAGGGCAGGAUUUAAUGUGUUUUUGGAAUGCCUGUGUGCGUUUAUUUUCAAGAUCUCCGUAAAGGUCUCUUAUUGUUUUUCAGGCCUUUUACAUUGAAAAAGCAAUUGAUAUUUUGCUUUAGUCUUUUGACAUCCGUACAGUUGGAGACACCAGUUCAUAGCUGUUGGAGCUGUUUGUACUUGUGGUUACUUGACAGUUAAUAUUGUAUAGUUAGGAGUGGAUCUGUAUGCAGAUAAUUAACUAAGGCAUUGAUUUUGAACUAUAUAUUUGGGGCUGGAACCGGAAAAGCUACCUCAGCUCAGCGGAAAGUGUGCGUAAAUCUUUAUAUGUUGGGGAGGAGCCCCUGUCCAGCGUUAACUCCAGAGCCCAUCUCGUCACAAUGGUCUCUCACAGAGAUCACACAUAGCAGUGGAUUUGCUGCUAGAUACUGAUGGUUAGGGAGAGCCUGACGUUUUCAAACUGCUGCCACUAACGACUCACAAGUCACUACUUCUAGUUCGCUGUCCCCCUCCCCUGCUGUUUUGUACCUAUCUCAGCUCAGCUGAGGCGACUGCCGGCAUUAAUGAUGUUUCGGGUGACGUGUCGAAGUGUUUUUUUUUUUUUUUUUUUUUUUUUACCGUGCCAUUAACGAAUUAGCUGACGGCUAACUCACACGGCGCUAAACCACAGGCCUUAACCGCUCGUCUUUGUGGACACCACCAGCAGCAGACCCUCCCUCACACUUAAGCAAAGACGGCAGAAACGGUCCGUCUAACUCCGCCAGUCUUUGAAAAUCCAUUACCGGUGUUCAGUAGAUCUCUGGCGGCAAAUUGCGGAACGAAAAUCAGCGUUACUUUCAGAUUGAUAGUAGUUAGUAUAGCUCUGCCGCUCCAGGGGUUUAAUUUCCCUUCUGCCGUCUGUCACUAAAUAUUUCUCCAGAUUCAACUUCAUUAACGUUCACAGAACUUGUUUCCUUUUGCGGCACAUACAGUAUCUAGCAGGAGGUUUAAAAAUCUGUACUGUUUUCACUGAUUUCUGUCACUGCCAGCAAAAUAAUAAAUUGUAUUCUCUUUAGUAUUCUGAACUCUGGUUUGGCUCUGCAGUCAUUUAAAUGAACAUUGUUGUUUAAGUCUUUGAGACUCUCCUGAGAACCAGUUAAGCGCUCCUAAUCCCACAGCCCUGGAUCAUGUUCUCGGAAAUGGUGCCAGGCAAACGGAAAGUUGGGAAUUCAGGAAACUUGACCACGGUAGAAGUGGUUCAGCUGCAUCUUCAAACCAUAGGAGCUGCUUCUGGAGUGAUGACUACUGGGAAAACUCCACAUCGCUGCCUGUUGUUCUGCAAAUGUCCUAUCAUCUCGGGGUGUUUUCUCAGAGUUCCUGAGAGUUGUCGUCAAGCCGUCAUUCAGCUCAUCCCAGAAUUCUGCUUUCCCCUGGUACACCUGUAAACACCGUCAGCAGCUGUGUCUGUGAAUGGGAUGGCUGGUUGAAUGUGUAGUGAGUGAUUACCCGUCUUAAUGGUAACAUCGCCUGUGGUGAGUGACGUUUUCUUUGCAAUAUUCGUAAUUUUUUUAAGAGGUGUGAUUUGAAACACUGUUUUGUGUUCUGUAGAGAGUCUUAUAUUUUCACUGGGAAAUGUGAAAAUGUGUUAAAUUGGUUUAUCCAGUUCUGUUCUUCAUUUAGUUCCUUUGACUGAAAGAGUUUAGUAUCUGCGAAGUGUUUUGAAUCACCUGCUCGAAUUAGGUCUCCGGAUGGCCUUUCCAGCUAGAUUAGAAAUUGGAUUCCUGUUUUAAUUUUUUAAUUUUUUUUUGGUAAAUGGAAUCAGGGAGUUUUUUGUUUUGGUUAAUUAGGACCCGGUUGUACCGGAACAUGGUACGAUGCAACAAGCCAAGUGUACAGCAGCUGGAACUGAGAACCUUGUUUUCUACACCUUUUCAGUCACUGUAAGAUAUAUUUUGGGAAAAAAAACAAGUAUAUAAAAAGUGGAAAUGACUGUGUCACUUGCUGUUAAAUUUGGACUUUAUAAAUAAAAAUCUGUUCUGAAUCAAA